AUGACAUCAUCAAAAAAAGUUGAAAAACCACAAGGUGCUUUCAUCAAAAAGGGCCGUCUCUAUGUAAAAGCAGUAUUCACUGGUUUCCGACGUGGUAAACGUAAUCAACAUGAAAAUACUGCUUUACUUAAACUCGACGGUGUUAAUAACCGACGUGAAACAAAUUUUUAUUUGGGCAAACGUUGCGCUUAUGUAUACAAAGCAAAAAACAAGACUUUAGUACCCGGUCAAAAACGUUUAAAUCGUGUACGUAUUAUGUGGGGUAAAGUAACACGAGCACAUGGUAAAAGUGGUGGUGUACGUGCUAAAUUCAAUCGUAAUUUACCACCAAAAGCACUCGGACGACGAAUUCGAGUGAUGCUUUAUCCUUCACGUAUCUAA